AUGGCAAGCAUCGUAACAAGAAAAGCUGUUACGUUCAUAAAUAAUCAGACACCAGCUACAAUUACUGAGUCUACUUUGGAUUUAGACAAGUGUUAUAAUGAAAAUGAAAUAGUGAUUGAAGUCCAUGCAGCAGCAUUGAACCCCGUCGACUUCUUACUCCAUGAAUUCUCCAAUCCAAGACUCUCUACUAAGAAUCCAAAGGGUUACUCUCGUGAUUAUAGUGGUAUAAUCGUACGUAAAGGUGCUAAAGUGGCUCCAAUUUGGGAUAUUGGAGAUCAUGUAAAUGGUAUGUUUUCUCAUGUCUACGGCGAGCAAGGUACGUUGACCAACUAUUUGAUAUUGGACCCUGUUAAACAGUCAUCAAUCAGUCACAUCGUUCAAAACUCCUCUGCUGCUAUCGAUGUUGGGAAGAAAGUCCCAGAUGAAAUUGAGGAUAGGAGUGGAACGAAAAGGGAUGACUUUGUUAAGAAUGCUGCUUGGCCCCUUGUAUUUGGUACAGCUUAUUCGUGCUUAAUGGAACAAGGUCAAGUUUGGGAUAAGGACUCAAGAAUCUUAGUGUUAGGUGCUUCCACUGCUGUUAGUAACUGUUUGGUUCAAAUUGCUAAGAAUCAAUUACAUGUCGGAACCGUUGUCGGAAUUUGCAGUUCCAAAUCAUUGACGUACAACAAAGAAAUCGGGUUCGAUUAUACAGUUGCGUAUGAUCAAGGUGAUGGAUUCAUCGCUAACCUUAGAGAAUUGAUGAAAACUCCAGAAUUUGUCGGUAAAAAGUUUGAUUUGAUUUGUGAUUCUGUCGGGACAAGUGAGUUUUUCCCCGUUAUUCAAGAGUUCUUAAAGCCAAGAAAUGAAAAUUCGUAUUAUGUUACUGUCAGUGGUAAUGAGAAAUAUGAUUAUAAAAACCCAACUCUUGGGAAUUUUGUCACUAUUUCUGGUCCUGUGAGAAGGUUCAAUCCAUGGAGAACAUUCAAUUAUAAGGGUAUAAUAGUUUCCCCAAACCAAGCAUAUAUGGACCUUGGGAACCGUAUGAUAACUCUGGGUAGAUUUGCCCCUAGAAUUGACUCCGUGUAUAAAUUCGAAGAAUUUCAGGAAGCUAUCGACAGACUUCGUUCGAAUAGAGCAAAGGGUAAAGUCGUUAUCACUAUCAAGGAAUAA